AUGGCGACGCAUAUCUACGCCCUAUGCCAGGCCGCGGACUUGCGCGCGAUGCAGGUCGAGUUCCGCAAAGAGCUCUUCGAGCUGAUUCGCGCAGAGACUGUCGCGCGCUUCGCCUUCGUCGCCGACUCGCCCGAAUUCGAGGCAGGUCUGCUGCUCGCGCUGCGGAACAGGGUGGUAGUGCUGUUGAACGAGACCGUCGACCAGGACGCACGCCCGCGCUUCCACAAGGUAUUCACCGGGCUCACUGCGACGCUCUCGAGCAAGCUGGUCGAGGUCGACGCGGGCGUGAAGCUCGGCGACGUCGACGCGUGGAGGGCGGCCCUCGUCGAAAAGGCGACGGAGACAUUCGUGCGCUUGCGCGAGGCAUACCAGCCAGGGCCGGAGUCGCUUGCGAGCCAGAUCUUGGGCAAGACGAGGACACUGAACGCAUUUGUGCGCGGGGAGCUCGGCGUGAAGAUGCACUGCGGUGACCCUGUCAAGGACGCGACGAAGAUCGGUACGGAGAUCAGCAAGAUUUUCCGCGCGUUCGAGACGCCGAGAAUGGGCGAGGUGCUGCUGGAGAUUAUGCAGGGCCGGAUCUCUGGAUCCGCUACCAAUGGGCAUGCGAACGGUCAUGCCGAUGGACAUGCGAAUGGACAUGCGAACGGCCACGCCAACGGGGCGAACGGCGCGAAGCUGAAUGGAAAUCACAACGGUUACAUACACUAA